AUGCUUAUAGCUGAACCCUUCCCCGGCUAUCGGGAUUCUGGCGCGGACAUUGUUUACACCCUUCGGCAGAAGGGCGUGAAGGUCUUAAAGUCAGAUCCUUCGGCCCCAGUCUCCCCCAAUGAAGGCUGGGCGUUCCCAGACACGGAGGAAGGAAUUUACAGCGCGGCCCAGCAGGGCGCCACGUAUUCCUGGGCUAACACCAUUCUUUUCACCUCUCACCCUCUUCAAAUAUCCUCAAAACUAACACCUGUAGCCUCUGAGAUCUACGCAGUGGGUCAGUCGCCAGGCCUGGUUGAAAGCUUUGAUGACAAGGCAUAUCUGAACGAUAAACUACGGGAGCUUGGAGGCUACACCCUACCGAAGUCCUGUCUGGUGAGUCCUGAAAAUAUCAGUGAAAUUAUCAACUAUAUCGACCGGUACCCAAUCGUCGGCAAGCCUGUUUGA